UGUUGUGACCACAUUUGCAAAAUGAAUGUUAAAACCACGAUCACCCUGAGCAGUGAGGACUUUUCUGGGGGAUCUAGUUAUGAUAACUACAGCGGUGACUAUGAGUCCUGCUGUGGAGUGGUCUGUGAUCAGGAGACUAGCAUGCACUUCAAUGCCAUUUUUAUUCCGGUCCUUUACUCUGUAGCGCUGGUUGUGGGGCUUGUGGGAAAUGGGCUGGUACUGGUGGUGCUGUGGAAAAAGAAGGCAAGCUGGAAUGUUACGGACAUCUUCAUCUUCCAUCUGAGCAUAGCAGACAGUCUAUUGCUGCUAACACUGCCGCUCUGGGCUGUAGAGGCAGUUAAGGAAUGGAGCUUUGGCACAGGACUCUGCAAGCUGACUGGAGCUUUGUUCAAGAUCAAUUUCUACUGUGGCAUCUUCAUGCUGGCAUGCAUCAGUCUUGACCGUUACCUGUCCAUUGUCCAUGCAGUGCAGAUGUAUUCUCGUAAAAAGCCCAUGGUGACGCACUGUUGCUGUCUGAUCAUCUGGUUGUUCUGUCUACUGCUCUCCAUUCCUGACUGGACAUACCUCAAGGCCAUUUCAGACUCCAGACGUCAAGAUAAAAUAGAAUGUGUUCCCAUUUACCCCUCUAUUUCCUGGGAACUGGCCACUCGUCUGCUCUACCAUGUGGUGGGUUUCGCACUGCCGGCACUCAUGCUGCUGUUCUGUUACUCUUCUAUCAUUGUGCGGCUUCAACGCGGCUCCCAGGGCAUGCAGAAAAAGAGAGCCAUGCGUGUUAUUGUAGCCCUAGUACUGGCCUUCUUCAUCAGCUGGACACCCUACAACAUCACCCUCAUCGUCGAAACCAUCCAAAGCAAUAAGAACAUCAGUUCCAAUAACCAAGCAUGUAUCAGCAGCACAGCAAUGGAUGUAGCCAUCACAGCUACUUCCACAUUGGGCUACUUACACUGCUGUGUCAAUCCAAUUCUUUAUGCUUUUGUGGGGGUGAAAUUUCGUCAGCAUUUGCUGGACAUGUUGAGACCUCUAGGUUUCACACUCAAGGGCCCAGCAGGGCUGAUGUCCUGGAAGAGCUCUGCAUGGUCAGGGUCAGUGGACACCUCACACAUUUCUGCUUUCUGAAAUGUAUAUGGCAUCAAACUGGUAUAUGUAAACAAUCAGUGAUCUUUUUCUUUGGCAGCCUUAAACAUUUGCACUAGUAUUAUAUCAAAGGAGUAAGGUACAUAUAUUGACAGAGGAGCAAUGUACAUAUAAGUAUAUAUAUAUUUUCUAGUGGCUUUGCUGUUUAGCUAGCAUAAAGACUGUAUUAUAAUGAGGAAUGCAGAGGAGUGUCAUUUAAUCUAUCUUUCAGAAAUGUUUCUUUGUACACAUGGCAGUGACAAUCUCCACUGUUUCAGCUGAAGCAGGUAGCUUCACAGUGGUAAUUUUUUAACAAUAUGGAUUCUGUACAUAAUCAUUCAGUAAUAUAACAUUAAAGUAUACAAAAUAUAUACGUAAAUAACUGCAUCAUAAGUAAAUAAUAAGUAAACUCAGGUCUGUAUAAAAUGAAGAUGUUAUUAAAUAACGUAAAUGUUUUGUUGUUGCUUUUGUUGUUUUUAUAUUUGUUCAAUGUGAAUGAUUAAAGUCUCUCCAAAUUAAUAAAUAAGUAUUACACAUUGUGCGAAUUCCAAUCGAAAGUGAUCAUCCCUAUGUCCUACUCACUUCAGAGAACAGAGCUCCUUAUGCGGGCACUCUGAAGGGAGCAUAUUAAGACUGCAUGAAUGUACCCUUCACUAAAAGUCUUGCAGUAGGAAAGUGCAAAAAAAAUGCAUUUUCUUACUUCUUUACAAUUUUGAAUGACCCUUUGAGUGGCGUUUUCCUUCUCGCAGUGCCCUUCAAGGGCACAAAAAUGCAGUUUGAAAAACGCCCACUGGCAUUCUAGAGUUGUUGUAUGAACUGUUCCUGAGAUGUUACAUCUAACUAUUUGUUUUUCAUAUUUGCUUGUUUCCCCAUAUAGUUUUACAAUAAUAAAAUAAAUAUUUCUAAAUAUAAGGUAUCUACUGAUUUGCUGAAAAUACAUUUUCAAAUAAGUUUUGUAAUGAUAAGGAGAACAGUGGUAAAUGUAUAAUUUUGUAGCUUACUGUCAUUCCUAUUCCUUUUUCCUUAUUUUUUGUAUAUAACAUUUACAACAUUUAACAUCCCUAUGUAAUUUCAGUAAGAAUAUCCUACUGUCUUUUUAGUCAUAGCUACACCAUGAUUUGUCCAUUCUGUCUCUUCAAUAAUCCUGUAAAACUGC